GCCAGAGAGACGCGCUGCGAGCGGAGAAGUCCCUGUCUCCACGCGGGUGAAUAAGCAAAAACAGACCGGAGGAAGGAUGCUCGUGGUCGUGUCCAAAGGCGAUAUCCUGCGCGCACUCUCAGCAUCACGGAACCAUGACACGGCUGUGUACAUCUGUGGCGACGCCUUUGUUCUGCUUUUGCUCUGUGCGCUUUAACUAAGUUUGGCUUUCACCAUCCUGGGACCAGGGCCGGCCAUAGGGACCGAGGGUGGGGGCGAUGGCUGCGGGGGGAGCAGCAUGUGGUGGCGACACUUCGGAGCACUGUCGGACCGACGUGGAGCGUUUGACCCGGGAGCUCGCGGAGGCCAACCGCGAGAAGAUCCGGGCGGCAGAGUGUGGACUGGUUGUUCUGGAGGAAAACCAGAGUUUGAAGCAGCGAUGCGCGGAUCUGGAGGCCGAGCAGGAGGCGCUGAGACUGGAGCUGGAACAGCUACAGGAGGCCUUCAGCCAGGCCUACUCCACCCAGCGUAGAGUGGCCCAGGACAGUGAGAGCAACGAGGAGAGCUUGCUGCAGGAGUCUGCCUCCAAAGAAGCCUACUACAUGAGCCGCCUGCUGGAGCUACAGCUGGAGCUCAAGGAGCAGAGGGCCAGUGCAGCCAGCAGCCAGGCUGAGAGGCAGCAGCUGAGGGAGACUGUGCACGAGCUCCAAGAGGUAAAGAGCCAGGUACUAGAGUUGCAGCGGGGACGGCUUACAGAGGAGUUCCAGGAGGGAAAGCACCGAGAGGCCAGACUCCUGCAGGACUACAGUGAGCUGGAGGAGGAGUACAUCUCACUGCAGAAACUAGUGGCCACGCUCAAACAAAAUCAGGUGGAGUUUGAGGGCCUGAAACAUGAGCUGAAGGUGGUGGAGGAGGAGGUGGAGGUGCUGCAGGGCCAACUGCAGGAUGCGCUAAGACUGAGGGAGCUCUCUGAGGGUCAGCUGGAGGAGGCACUGGAAGCCCUGAAAAAUGAGAGGGAGCAGAAGAGGCUCCUCCGCAGGGAGCUGCUGCACCACCUCAGCAUGUGUGAUGUGGCCUACACCGGCUCAGCGCACCUCCUAUUCACUUCUGCCCCCCCGAGUGGAGCUGGCACACCCAACACCCUGCUGUCCCCCUCCUCUGAGGACGCCAACAGGUGUAACGGGCUUCUUCUGAGUGGGUCGGGGGCUGGUGCAGCUUCUCUGCAUUGCUCCAGCGGCUCCUCCACACUCCACUCGGAGAUGAACCUCACAGAGAUCCAGAGACUGAGACAACAGCUGCUCACGGUGGAGCAGGAGAAGGCAGCUCUUCUGAAGAGCUUACAGGAAUCUGAGGCCCAGCUCAUACACACGCAGGGGGCCCUGACGGAGCAGCAUGAGUGGGCUCUCCAUCUCUCUCAGAAAGUGAGUGCUCUGCACUGCUCUCAGCAUGAGGAGACGCACUGUGAUAUACCGCAGCUGCAUCAGGAGGCCCACAGCAGCAAAGAUUUGCUGCACCAGGAGGCCUGCGGCAGCAAGCUCCUCCUGGACGAAGAGGACAAUGCAGGUGCUAGUUCUGAGCUAAGGUUGGACUCAUUCAGUGCACAGGGGUUUUCCCAGCAGACCCUGCAGUUCAAAUAUCGCAUGGCAGUGAAUGAGGUGGCGGAACUGAAGGCUGAGCUAAGAUGCUUAAAGGACAAAAUGUCUCAGAGUGAGGAGAGGUCUGAGGACAGGCAAAGACAUGGUCAGCUCCAGAAACUCGAGAAGAACUGUCAGGAUGCACAGGAGAAGAUUUCCCGAUUGGAGCUGGAGCUGAAGGCGGCGUCUUUGUUGGCCAGUGAGCGAGAAGGGACUCUUACUGCGACUCAGGAGGAGCUGUUGACACUGAGUGAGGAGCUGGCCCAGCUCUACCACCAUGUGUGCCUAUGCAACGAUGAGACGCCCACCACCGUCAUGCUUGACUACUACAGACAGGGCAAGGGUCUGCGAGGUCUGAGUGCCACUCUCAAAGCCAUGUCUACAGACAACAGUAAAGUUCUGCUUACACCGCGCCUUGCUCGGCGGCUCAUGGCAGCAUCUGCAGGUAGUCAUCGGGAGUCCUGCAGCCCUCUAGGGUCCCCCUUUAAAGAGCCCCUAUCCAGGGAGGAGGGCCAUGCCUCAGCCAGCAGUGGAUCCUCAUCAUCCUCUUCCUCCUCAUCACCUGCUCCAGACCCUCCUGCAGAGCUGCGCCGAGAGCCCAACAUCCAGCACCUUAGCGCCCUUAUCAAAGAGCAGGUGAAGUACCUCCAGCGCGCAGUGGAAUGCUCUCAGCAGCUGUCAAAGCAGGGGGCUGCGGCUCGGGAACUGACCCCACUCAUCGACAAAGACAAGGAGGCCUGCCUGGAGGAGCUGCUCAAGCUCAAGUCUCUGCUCAGCACCAAGAGGGAGCAGAUCGCUACACUCCGACUGGUGCUAAAGGCUAACAAGCAGACUGCAGAGAGUGCUUUGACAAACCUGAAAAGUAAAUAUGAAGCAGAGAAGUCUUUAGUGACAGACACCAUGUCUAAGCUGAGAAACGAGCUGAAAGCCCUCAAAGAAGACGCAGCCACCUUCUCCUCACUCAGAGCCAUGUUUGCCACCAGGUGUGAUGAGUAUGUGUCCCAGUUGGAUGAGAUGCAGAGACAGCUGGCAGCGGCGGAGGACGAGAAGAAGACGCUGAACUCCCUGCUGAGGAUGGCCAUUCAUCAGAAGCUGGCUCUGACACAGCGCCUGGAGGACUUGGCUUUUGACCAGGAGCAGAGCCGGCGCUCUCGGGGGUCCAGACUGGGCGGUGGCAAACCUGCCCCUAAAGUGAGCCCCCCACCCAUAUCCCAGCAACCAUCCUCAGCUUUGACUCCAGGCAGCUGUCCGCCUUCUGGCCUUAAGAGUCCCACACCAGUGCUCCCAGACUGUGUGUCCAGUACCCCCCCUCCUAGUCCUGCUACAGCCUCCACUGACCUGCCUCCAGCCCUGGAGACCCCCGCAUCCCCCUGCAGCCCCCUGUCUGCCCCUGUCAGACCCGCCUCCUCCCAAUGGACUGUAGGUGUACGGACUUUUGUGCUCGACUCUCAUAGUUUCGGUGUCAGUAGGUCUCCUGGGGUCCCACGCAGCUCUUUGUCCAGGCCGUACGACUCAGACAGGCAAGUUCCCUCAGUGCCCUACCACCCCCCCACCUCAGGGCACCGCCGGUCCACAUGGACCCCUCCAUUACGAGCCCGGCCUCUCUACACUGUGGGUCAUUCCUCUGCACUCUACAGUGGUCCCUCCUACAGUCACUCAACUCACUACACCCCCCUGUACCCCAGGGCUUAUGGCUCCUAUCGGCCCAGACACUAACCCCCGUCCCUUAGGCAUCCCCGUUCUGUGCCUGCACUGGGACCCAUGCUCUGUUCACUGACUCAGGGAUUCCACAGUGGAGCA